UUUAUCUUUUUGACCGCUGCCACUGAGGCCCCGAAACCUUUACUAGAGGCCAUAGAUUGCUCCCAAUCUUUGAAAGCAGAUGUCAUUCCUUCGUUGUGUCAUACUAGUAACGGCACACACAUCAAAAAGACCGACUACUUGAAUGGCUCAGAAAGGAAAGCUGAUGUCAUCCAAGCAUUGGUGAAUGUCAAUGUUCUCAGCCCAACGUUGGAGCCUGUAACGGCCCCUUUUGAAUACAUCUGCUCGCUCAAAUCCAAAUAUGUUCGCGAAAAGCUCAUCUGUGCCUUGCAACCCUGGGUUCCAAUCGCGCACCCAGAUCUCGAGUUUGUCAUGUCCCUCGUGGCGGACAUACAUAACACCUCCUUGAUGCUGGAUGAUAUUCAAGAUUCUUCCGCGCUUCGUCGGUCUAGCCCUGCUACCCACACCGUUUUUGGCAUACCACAGACAAUCAACUCGGCUGUUUACCAGACCGUUCACACGAUACAGAGAGCCUCAGACAAGGGAAAUCCGCAACUGGUGCAGGUAGUAACGGAGGGAAUGAAGGAGUUGUUGGUGGGACAGGGUCUGGAUCUGGCCUGGACAUCCGAGGUCGCAGUUCCAUCUUUGGAAAAAUACCUGCAAAUGAUUGACAGAAAGACGGGAGCCUUGUUCAUCAUGGUAAUUAGGCUUAUGGAAGCUUUCUUACCGGCGUCGGCGCCCAAGGCGCCGUUACAAAAGCUCAUGUUGCUUCUCGGACGAUAUUUCCAGAUAAGAGACGAUUACGUCAAUCUGGCAUCGACCCAGUAUAAUGACGCCAGAGGCUUUUGCACCGAUCUGGACGAAGGUAAAUGCAGUUUCAUAAUACUGCACGCCAUGAACAACGCCAAACCACAUGCGCGGUAUCUGCUCAAGAAUCUCCUCCUGCAGACGAGCAGAGCGGGCUGCGCGGGGGAACGCCACAAAGAGUUGAUGUUCUCUAUCCUCAAGGAAGCUGGGUCUCUCGAACACACGGCCGAAAUGCUCGGCGAGAUAGAAAAGUCUCUUUGUGCCGAGGUGGAAAACAUAGAGAGGACUACAGGUGUUAAGAACCAGGUGUUGAUGGAGCUAUUUAAUGCUCUGCGGGCCUGA